AACUCUGAACAUCGUCUUGUUUUCAAGGUGUUCACUACCUCAUUAUGGAAGUGUUGUUAAAGCUGUUAAUAGUGUGGUGGUUGACAGAACAUUUGAUGGUUGCUACUGAAAAAGAGUUCGACGAUCGGCGAUUGGCCCAUACCGAGAAGCAGCGUUACGACGGAUGGUACAACAACCUAGCCCACCCAGAAUGGGGUUCAAUAGAGAGCCAAUUGGUCAGAAAAGCACCACCAUCCUACGCCGACGGAGUCUACAUGCUAGCUGGACAGGACAGACCCAGCCCCAGGGCGGUCAGUCAGGCUUUGCUGAGGGGUGAGGAUGGAAAUCCUUCCUAUCGUAAUCUCACCGCACUGUUUACAUUUUUCGGUCAAGUUGUUUCUUCGGAGAUUCUGAUGGCUAGCGAACCAGGCUGUCCGAUCGAGUUUCACAAGAUUGAGAUAGCCAAGUGUGAUGAGAUGUACGACAAAGAAUGCAAAGGAGGAAAAUACAUGCCCUUCCACAGGGCUCUGUACGACUCUAAAACCGGCCAGUCUCCGAAUAAUCCGAGAGAGCAG